ACACAAGGGGAAAAACAAGGAAGAGCUCACAAGCAGGCAGUUCAGUGUGUCUGUUCACUUGCCCAGAUAUUGCCUUGGAGACAAAUAAAAAAGGAGUUUACCCAGCUGGUGGGUCUCUCAACACGGAUAUGGACGUCCCAGAUUCUCCUCAUGGGAAUAUGGGGCUGUUAAGGACCUUUGAUUCCUCUGAGUUUGGCAGCUGGGAGAAAAUAGGCUCAGGUGGAUUUGGACAAGUAUACAAAGUCCGGCACGUACAGUGGAAAACAUGGCUGGCUAUCAAGUGCCCUCCCUGCCUUCAUAUGGAUGACAAGGAGCGUUCAGAGCUGCUGGAGGAGGCGAAGAAAAUGGAGGCAGCCAAGUUCCGAUACAUCCUGCCUGUGUAUGGGAUCUGCGAGGACCCCCAAGGCCUCGUCAUGGAGUACAUGGAGACUGGCUCCCUGGAGACCCUGCUGGCCACCGAGCCGCUGCCCUGGGAGCUCCGCUUCCGCAUCAUCCACGAGACUGCGGUGGGAAUGAACUUCCUGCAUUGCAUGAACCCACCGCUGCUACACCUGGACCUGAAGCCGGCCAACAUCCUGCUGGACGCUCACUAUCAUGUCAAGAUAUCUGAUUUUGGCCUGGCCCGGUGGAAUGGCCUGUCAAGGGCUGAUGACAUCAGUAGAGACGGCUUCUGCGGCACCAUUGCCUACCUGCCACCUGAGAGCAUCAUUGAGAAGGACAGAGUGUCGGACACCAAGCACGAUGUAUACAGUUUCUCCAUCGUCAUCUGGGGGAUUCUUACACAGAAGAAACCCUACCAAGGUGAGAAUAACAUCCUUCAGAUCAUGGUGAAGGUAGUGAAGGGGGUGCGUCCAGACCUCGGUGCGGUGCCACGGUGUCGACCUUCAGCCUGUGCAGGGUUCCUGAGCCUCAUGCAGCGCUGCUGGACCACAAAUCCUGAUGCAAGACCCAGCUUCCAGGAAAUCACAUCUGAAGCUGAGGAGCUCUGCUCUAAACCUCAAGAGGAGCCAAGGACGCCAACCUUAUCAACGUCAGAGCCAGAGCCCACUUCCCCCAAAGCACUCACUAGUGACCAGGUUAAAGACAACAAGCCGGUGCGUCCAAAGUCGGCCAUGUUGCCGGAAAAAGAUUAUAGCCUGUCAGAGCUAUUGAGCCAAGUGGAUUCUGGGAUCUCGAGGAGCUUUGAUCGGGUGAAGGAGGAUAGCUGCCACAGCAAAGAGAACACUUGCAAGAGGCUGUCUGGCAUCUCCUCAGCUGAUUCAGCCUUCUCCUCCCAAGACUCUAUCACGCUGUCUUUUGAGAAAGAAAACACAUAUGAUUCUGCCGAGAUCCAGAAGCGAAAGCUGUGUGAGGCAAUCAGGACCAAAGACACUGCCAAGCUGAUGAAGAUCCUCCAACCUCAGGAUGUUGAUCUUCUCCUCGACGGAGGAGGCAGUCUGCUCCACCACGCCGUCAACUUGGCCAAUGAGGAAGCUGUCAAGUUCCUCCUUCUGAACAAUGCCAAUCCCAACCUCGCGAAUGCCCGUGGCUCCACACCCCUGCACCUGGCCACAGAGAAGUACCUGAAGCCGCUGGCAGAACUUCUGCUCGGUCGGCGCAGCACCAACGUCAACGCCAAAGAUGAGGACCAGUACACAGCUUUGCACUGGGCUGCCCAGAAUGGGGACGAGGCCAUCACGCGUCUGCUGCUGGACAAAGGGGCGGCCAUAAAUGAAACCGAUGGCCAGGGACGCACACCGGCUCACAUUGCGUGCCAGCAUGGCCAGGAGAAUGUAAUUCGGGUGCUACUGAGCCGUGGUGCUGAUGUUCGAGUCAAGGGCAAAGACAACUGGACGGCGCUCCACUUGGCUGCCUGGCAAGGGCAUCUGGGCAUCGUCAAGCUGCUGAUUAAGCAGGCUGGCGCCGAUGUGGAUGGGCAGACAACAGAUGGCCGCACGCCACUGCAUCUGGCUUCUCAGAGGGGGCAGUACAGAGUGGCACGGAUCCUGAUUGAACUAGGGGCGGAUGUUCACAUGACUUCUGCUGGGUCAAAUACACCCCUACAUGUAGCCGCAGAGACGGGUCACACCAGCACCUCUCGCCUCUUGAUCAAACACCAAGCGGAUAUCCACGGCCAGAACGCCCUCGAACUCACUCCUCUCCACCUAGCCUCCCAGCGAGGCCAUCUGGCCACAGUCAAGAUGUUGAUAGAAGAGGGGGCAGACCCCUACAGAUCCAACAACACACUACGCACACCCUGCCAUAUGGCAGCAGAGAAUGGACAUUGUGAAGUCCUGAAAGAGCUGCUGCUUCACUGUCCAGAUGCGGUGCAUCUGUCAGACAAUCAGGGGCUCAGCCCAUUACACCUGGCGGUGCAGGGUGGAUACUCAAACAUCACCGCUAUGCUGCUGCCACAAAGCUGCCAGGACUUAGUUACUGAGAGCUCAGUGCAACCAGUAGCUGAACAGCUAGAGCCAGCUGCCCCGGAGGCGAAGCAGCUCCAGAGGAAAGUCGUCAUUCUCAAAUUGACGGAGCACAAUGACAAAGACUGUCCUCGACCCAGCAGCUCACAGUGUGCCUCAGCACCCUGCUAACCAGAGCAAAAAGACUGCCACACCUGUACAGAGCUGCUUUCAGUGUCAUUUUUAUACUCCACUGGUGCCUCAGUGUUCGAUGGAUUGUACCAAGCUUGUGUUUUUUGGACUUAAAAGCCCUUUCAGCACCGUAGGUAUUAUCUACUGGUCUGAAAAGCUUUAAUGUAAAUAUGUACACUGUGAAUAGAAAGUAUAAAUACUCUGCGUUUGAAUUUUUGUUGACUUUUUUACCUAACAAGCACAUUUUUUUUACGUAACAAGCACCAGCAUCAGAAUUAUGAUAAGGAAACGUGUGACCUUUGGGGACGUCUCGCUGCACUACACUGCAGCUGGUACGCCUUUGAGUUGUAUUUAAGAGGGCACGAACUUGGCUCACAAGCCUUAUUACGGGAAUGCUGUAGAUCAUCAGAGCCAUUGCAUUUAUUAAAAAAACCUUCAGUGUUCUGAACCUGUUACAUAUCAGUGCUGCAUCCAUUAAACAUUUAAAACCUUUAA